AUGGAAUUAUUAUCAAAAUUUUCAUUUCCAUAUAAUCAGAUUAAUAAUACAAAUGUUUCAUUAAAUAAAUUAAUUUUAACAGAUAAUGAAGAUUUAGAAAGAAUUAUAAUACCAUUAGAUGAAAAUAAAAAUGUAUUAUCAAUUACAAAACAAGAAACUCAAACUCAAAAAAUUAUAGAAGAACAAUUUAAUUAUAUACAGAAUAUAAAUGACCCCGAGGAAAUUUCAAAAUAUCCUUUAUUAAUAAAAAUUGAUCCAAAUUUUAAUAAAUUUAAACUUCAUGUAUCAAUUAAACCUCAAAAUAAUAUUCAAGAUAGAGUAUUAUUAAUUGUUAAAUCUUAUGAUAUAGAUAAUUUCGAAAAAUUAAGUAAAAUAAUACAAACUGAAUCAAAUGAUCCAUUAGUUGAAAUUUCCAAAAUUGAAUAUAAACAACUUCCAAUUGAUGAGAAUUUAUUAGAAUUUCAAAAAUUAAUUAUAAAUGAUUUUUAUAAUAAAAAUAUAAUAAAUAAUACUAAAUUAACAAUCUCAGUAUGGGAACAAGAUUCACAAAGUAAAGAAUUUACAUAUUUUUUAAAAUUUAGUCUAUGGGUAGAUAAAUUACAAGUAAAGUCAUCACCAGUACCACAACAAACUUCUUCAUUUCCUCCUAUCAUACAAAAACAAAGUACUGACCUGUCAUUGUCCUCACCAAUUACACCUACUCAGCAACAACAACAACAACAACAACAACAACAACAACAAAAUAUUCCAGAAUCACUAUCUUACAGUUUAGGAGAUUUUAGAAAAGAAUUUAGUUUUAAUAUAGAAGAUGGACCAGAAUUUAGAAAAACUUUAUCAAAAUAUGAAGACACUAUACCCACGGCUAAGAAAGUUUAUUCAUCGUUGAUUGAUGAUUUCAAAAUGUUAGAAUCAACAGUAAGAAGAUUGACAACUUAUAAAUUUAGAAUUAUGGAAGAAAUUAAUCAAUUGACUGAUUUAGAAUCCGAGUCAUUAUUACAGGAAUUUGGUUUUAAAAAAGAAUUUCAACACUCAUUCAAAAAUUUGUUUGAUUCAUUUGAAAAAAAUAUAAAUUUCUUUUUUGACAAUGUAUGUGAUCAUAAAUUAUUUACUAAAAUCUUCAAUAGUAUAUUGGUGCAACAAAUUGAGAAUCCAAAUCAACAAUCUGAAUUAACACAAAUGAAAAAACAAUUUGAGAGUGAUUCAAAAGAGUAUUAUGGUUGGUUAAAUAAAUAUUUAUCAAAUGAUAAAGAAAGACCAGAAUCGAAAUUACUAUUGAAAAAGAAAAAUUUUGAAUUAUCAAAAUUUGAUUAUUUAAAUCAAUUAAGUAAAAUAACAAACAAUCAAUAUGUUAAUGAUUUAUGCGAAAAAUUGUUCAAAUUUAUAAAUUUAAAAAAUGAUCCAUUUCACCCCAAAUUACUAAAUUUUAAAUUAUUUUUAGAUAAAAAAUCAAAUCUGUUUUUAAUUGGUGAAAAUUAUCAAAUUUAUUUAUACGCAUUAACUAGAUUUAACAGUGAAAAAUAUCAAUUCAGACAAAUGAUUGAAGCUAGUCAAUCAAGUGAAGAAUUAACCAAUUUGAUACGGUAUAAUAGAUUAAAUCACUUACAACAACAACCUACUCAACAACAACAGCAACCAUCCACUAAUGGAGUCACCAAUAUAGACACAAUUGAUGACUUUUUAGUCACCAAAGAAAACUUUGAUUUAAUAUUUUCAGAUAGUAACCCGCCAAAUGAUCAUCAAGUAAUUUUAAAAGACAAUGAUUCUGAAAAGUCUGGUAUAUUAUUUUCAUUAGGUGGACAAAAAAAAACAGGUUGGCAUAAAGAAUGGGUAGUUUUGAGAAAAGGUCAAUUAAUAGAAUAUGCAGAUUGGAGAAAAGGUAAAACACCCAUAAAUAAACCAAUUGAGAUUGCAUUAUCAAGUGUCAAAGCAGUUACUCAUGACAAAAGACAAUUUUGUUUUGAAAUCAUAACAUCAACUGGUUCAAAACAUGUAUUCCAAGCAUUCAAUAAUGAGGAUAGAAAUAAAUGGGUUAAAGCAUUGUAUAAUGCUGGACAAUUAGUUAAUACUGAUAGAUUACAACAAAGAUUUGGUGGUAAUGAAUUAAAGCCGAGUAAAAAACAUAUAACAAAAAUUAUAACAGAUUUUGGAUCAAAACCGAUUAUUCCUGGCUCUACAGAUAGAUCUGUUUCACCAAUAUCAAUAACUUCAAAAGACCCAUUUUUUGAUGAUGAUGAUGAUAAUUUAAAUAUUGUUAAACUGAUACCAAACAGUAAUAAUAAUCAAUGUAUAGAUUGUGGACUGUUGGAACUGGUUGAAUGGGUUUCAAUCAACUUUUUGAUUUGCAUGUGUGUAAAUUGUGCAUCAUGUCAUAGAAAUAUGGGAUCUCAUAUUACAAAAAUAAGAUCGUUGAAAUUAGAUAAAUUUGAAAAUGAAUCACAAGUUCUUCUAAAUUACAUAAACAAUCGAGAAGUCAAUUCAUAUAUGGAAGCAAACUUGAAUCCAACUCAUAAAAUUAAUGCAAAUUCUGAUUUUGAAACAAGAUUAACAUUUAUAAAAUCAAAAUAUACAGAUAAAAAAUUUGUUGAAAGCAUCCCAAAUAUAAACAAUUUUUUAAUAAAUUCUAUUCAAAGAAUUUUAAUUCAUGAUGAAUUGAAAGCAAUACUAUGUGGUGCUGAUAUAAAUUUAGAUUUACAAGUUAAUGUACCAAAUAAAGAUGAGACUCAAAUUAUUAGUCUUUAUGAAUAUAGCUUGAGAAAAUAUAUUCAAAUGGAAUCCGAUCCAAGUCAUAAAAAAUAUUUCGUUGUUUCGGAAUUGUUAUUAUUAAAUGGUUGUACAAAUACUGGUAACAAAAAAUAG